CCUCUUGCGUGAUUUAAAUUACAAAACCAUCAAGUCAAAGUUUGUGUUCUUAUAUGAAUAAACUGUUGCGUCUCUUCUGUUGACAGAGAGACUGGAAGCCUGCUGCGUCCUUCUGCGUGUCUUAAUGCGGGUUUUCAUCACGCAGCCUUUUCCGGGGUUAAAGUAAGGACGGGGUUAAAAUUUUCAAAAGGUGCGCAAAACCACCGCGCGUCUGUACCAGAGGUCUCUCCGCCGUCGUGAGCAUUUGAACCCGGUAGCGCGCUUCCAGAGGAGCUGAUAAUUGUGUUUCCAUCAGCAGGAAGCAGCAGUGCUGUCCUUGCUCUGGGGAUGAGGAUGAUGGGAUGGUUUUUGGAGGAAGCCAUUAAGCCCUCACAGUCCUGCGUUGGUGGAUUCCACCUGUUUGGAAUGGUUCUAAUGCGCAUAAGGCUGUUUUCGGCCUCUCCUCUCCUGGAAAUGCCUUCCACACUUCCUUGUCCACGCCGCCUACGGAAUAUGUGAGAAAUUCAACGCUUGUAGUUUAAAAAUCAACCGGCUUGAAUGAUGAAAAUCCUUUGAGAUGAAAAGUGGCACUUUUGGGAAUCAUCUUAUGGUCGCGCGUGGCUUUUGGCUCAUCUCGCGCCCGAACUGCCUGUUGUCCGCGUCCGAGGAGAAACGCGCAACUUUAACGCGAGCUGGAGCCGUAGAGGGAGCGGGGGGAGCACUCGGGCCAAAGGCGGGGGGGCAGCAGGGGGACCGACGGAGCGGCUGGACAGGAGAAUCGGCGCAGCUGUGGAGCGGGGAAGCUGAUGAGGACGAUGGUGGUGAAUGGACCGGCACACCGAGCUGGCACCGAGCGCUCGCCGCUGCGUCUCCUGCUGUGCGCCCUCGUGCUGCUCCCGCCAUGCGCCUUCUCGCACCCGCAGCCGUGCCAGGUGCUGAAGCGAAUCGGCCACACGGUGCGGGUGGGGGCUCUGCACGUCCAGCCCCGCUUGCUGUCCACAACUGAGGACUGGGGCGCCCUGGCGCAGGAGUUGGGCAAGCAGGUGAAAACAAGCGCCGGAGCGUCUGGAUAUGGAAACCUCAGGACUAAAGUCCCCGCAAACACUCAGAGGAGUGCAAAUAAGAGCAAAAGCCAGGCGCGACAGCGGGACUCGUCCAAGGAGGAGCGCGUUUUCGCACCCAGAGACUCGGUUCUGCUGGCGGUGGAGGCUCUGAACCGGGCCGGGUUGCUUCCUUUCAACCUGUCCCUGGAGCUGGUCAUGGCUGUGGGCUCUGCGCUCGGGGAGCUCCCCGCGUUCUCCUACUCCUCUCUGGGCAUUCCCGAGGACGAAGACCCACUGUCGUUUCUGGAGAGCGUGUGUCACACGGUGGUCGUGCAGGGAGUUUCUGCCAUGAUCGCCUUUCCGCGGAACCGGGAGGAGCUCAUUAAGUUGGAAUUCGUUUCGCUGUCGCUCCAGGUGCCGGUAGUCAGCCUUGUGCAGAGGGAGUUCACGCGCCACAGUAAGAAUCCUCUUCAUUUCCAAAUGGCGAUGCAGACAGUAGAGGCUCCGCCCUCGCAUCUCCUCUACCGCCUGCUGAUGAUGAAUGGCUGGUGGGACAUCAGUAUUCUCCUGUGCCAGGAGUGGAACAUCAGCGACUUCCUCUUCCUCAUCAAGAAUAACAGUCGCUUCCACCUGGGCACACUUGUCAACUUGACCGGCAUGGCUCUGUCGGCGUCUUCAUUCCCAUCCUCGGUGGGAGCUUCAGCAGAAGCAUCCUCCCCUCCUUAUUUUUCCUCUGCUGCUUCAUCUGCUUCAUCCAGCACCUCGUCCAAAGCCGACCACCAGCAAGUGCUCAUGCGGCAGCUGGAGGCCCUGAGGGAACCCUCGUCCAUUAAAGGGGUAGUGAUGUUUGGGUGUGACAUCCGUGAGGUGAGGCGUUUGUGGGCGUUGGCCACUCGGAUGACCCUUCCAGAGUUUCAGUGGAUCUUGGGGGACAGCCAGAAUGUGGCAGAACUGAGGACAGAGGGGUUACCUUUGGGGCUUUUGGCCCACGGGGUGAUGGGAUCACCUUCACUGGAUCACUAUGUUCGGGACUCUUUGGAGCUGGUGGCUCGUGCGGUGGGCAGUGCAGCCCUGGUGAACCCCGCCAUGGCGCUCAUUCCGGGAACUACCAACUGCAUGGAUGCACAACAGCUUAACGGCAGCUCAGGGGAAUUCUUGGCAAGAUUUCUGGCCAACACAACAUUUGAAGGCCAGAGUGGUUUUAUAUCCAGAGAGAGUCAGGCCCAGAUUCUCAUCUCAGAGGCUCAUCACUACAUCUGGUCUCUCCAGCUGGACCCCCUUGGCCAACCAACCUGGACCCGCUUGGGACGUUGGCGAAGAGGGAGAGUCCUGAUGGACCAGGGGGGCUGGCAAAGUCACCCUGGGUCGAGAAUCGGAGGAGACUGGCGGCGGUAUGCAAAGUUGCACAUGCGGGUGGUGACGCUGGUGGAGCAUCCGUUUGUGUUCACCCGCGAGGUGGAUGGGGACGGAUUGUGCCCAGCGGGGCAGUUGUGCCUGGACCCGCUAACCAAUGAAUCCUCAGUUUUAGAAGGCCUUUUCCAGAACCUCGGACGACGGAAUGGAUCUGUCCCCACGCACUUGAAGAAAUGCUGUUAUGGAUACUGUAUAGACCUGCUGGAGAAACUGGGAGAGGACAUGGGCUUCACUUUCGACCUCUACAUUGUGGGCGAUGGGAAAUACGGAGGAUUCAAAAAUGGUCGCUGGACGGGUUUGGUUGGCGAUCUGCUAAGUGGUGCCGCCCAUCUCGCAGUGACGUCCUUUAGCAUCAAUUCAGCCAGGAGCCAAGUCAUUGACUUCACCUCCCCCUUCUUCUCCACCAGCCUGGGAAUUCUGGUUCGUACCCGCGACACGGCUGCACCCAUCGGCGCGUUCAUGUGGCCCCUCCACUGGUCCAUGUGGCUGGGCAUUUUCGUGUCCCUCCACGUCACCGCCAUCUUCCUCACCCUGUACGAGUGGCACAGCCCCUUUGGGAUGACCCCGCGCGGGCGCAACCGCAACAGAGUCUUCUCUUUUUCCUCGGCGCUCAACGUGUGCUACGCCAUCCUCUUUGGACGAACCGUCGCCAUCAAGCCCCCAAAGUGCUGGACCGGCCGCCUGCUGAUGAACCUCUGGGCCAUCUUCUGUCUGUUCUGUUUGUCCACGUACACUGCUAACCUGGCGGCUGUCAUGGUCGGGGAGAAAACCUAUGAGCAACUGUCAGGAAUACACGACCCAAAGUUGCACCAUCCCUCUCAGGGAUUUCGCUUUGCCACAGUGAGAGAAAGCAGUGCAGAAGACUAUGUCAAGAAGAGUUUCCCUGAAAUGCACGAGUACAUGAGAAGAUAUAACGUUCCAGCAACUCCGGACGGCAUCCACAACCUUAAGGCAGACCCACAGAAACUGGACGCCUUCAUCAUGGACAAAGCCCUGCUGGACUAUGAGGUCUCCAUAGAUGCAGACUGCAAAACUCUGACAGUUGGGAAACCCUUUGCAAUUGAAGGUUACGGCAUUGGCCUCCCUCAGAACUCCCCGCUCACCUCCAACUUCUCAGAGUUGGUCAGUCAGUACAAGUCAGACGGCUUCAUGGACAUGCUGCAUGACAAAUGGUACAAGGUUGUGCCCUGUGGGAAGCGGAGCUUUGCUGUGACGGAGACGCUCCAGAUGGGCAUAAAGCAUUUCUCUGGUCUGUUCGUGAUGCUAUGUGUGGGUGUGGCCUUAUCUCUUCUGACCACAUUAGCGGAACACAUCGUGUACAAGCUGGUGAUCCCGAGGGUUAAGGAGCCUCGUUCUAAAUACUGGUUGCACACAAGUCAGAGAUUACACCGAGCCCUCAACUCCGUCUUCGCUGAUGACAAACUACCAACAGUUUCCAAGCCUGAAAAAAGGUGCAACGAGGGAAACAACCAGUCGUGGAAUCCCACAGAGUCCGCCCACUGCAACAGGCGGCGUUUUCUUCCACAGGACAUCCAGAAGGACAUGGAAUGUCCAUCUUCCCAGGAUCUUCCGCCUCCACCUCCCCCGUCUCCGCUCCCCCACCCUAACACCCUUUCUCUGCUGGAGAAGCCCCCCCCCAUAGUGACCACCACCAAUGGUCGCUCUGACCUGCUCGGGCGAGGGGUGAGUCCUAGUUUGGGCUCGGUUCAGGUCGGAUCGGUGCACGGGUUGAUACAAUGUCGGGGUUUAGGAGGGGACUCUAGUUCAGGUCCAGGUGUGGGCCGGAACUCGCUGGUUCAGGAACUAUCGGAGCUGGAAGGUCAAAUCACUGCCAUAAAGCAGCAGCUGCAGUCGGCCAUGCGAAGGAAGAGGGAGUUGGAACAGUACCAGUCAGAAAACCAGCAACCGGACCAGACUGCACCGGGUCAGCUUCCAACGCAGGCCUUCAGCCAGCCCCACCAGCAGACUAACAAACACAAAAACACCCUCCCAGACUUCUGAAGCUCUCCUCCUCUGUUUUGUCCAGAGAACCCUUCUUAGACUAAAGGAUUAGUUUCCUAAAACCUCCAGGUUCUGGAUACCGAUCCUCGAUUCUGGAGCUGGAACAUACGCAGGUUUCUUGUAACAAGAUCCUUUUUUUUUUAGGCUCAGGAGUUCCCCGGAAUGCUGGAACAAAAGGUUCUCGCUUGGACAUUUUCUGACUUUUGAAAGGUGAAGCAUGAUUGUAUGAGAAUCGCAAGUCGGGGGGGGUCAAAGAGGGACCCAGAGCCAAAUCUGUUCUUAGAGUUCCCUGUGUCGUUCCACCCAGUCCUGAUCCAUUUCAUGUCUCCACCGCCUCCCUGAAACUUUCCGUUUCUGCUUCCAUACAAUCUCUGGUGCUUUUUUCUUUAAGUCUCAUCUCUGUCUCCAUGGUGAUGAGCUUAAUCAUAGGUGUGAUGAUGGUGUUGAAGUUGAGUUUGUUGAGGCUUGCGGAGAACUUCCGACCUGUGCUUGAACCCGGCCAGGCAAGUGUGGAUGUGAGUGAAACCUCUCCCAGACGCUGGCGAUUGCUUCAUAUUACCACCGCUGACCCCAUGCUUCUGCCCCCAACCCCCCAGCGCUUCUGACCAUUUCUGUCUGAUAAGUCUCCUUGAUGGGGCUGAUGCUGCAAGAUUUUAAUGAAAAAGAUGGUGUACAAAGAGCUUUCCCCCCAGAGAUACCUGGAUGAAGAAGAGCCGCUUUACAUCCGCCACCGGAUUACAUACGCCAACUUCUGAGUCACCGUAAAAUGUUCAGUGAUGCACCCCCACUUCACACAAGAGUCUACUUUGCAAUCAGGAGAGGGGUCGGCAGGCGAAACAGAGUUCAGACAAAACAGAAAUAGAAGGAAUAUUCAAACACAGACCAUUGGUCUUCCUCCAACACAAAAGAAUCGGAACACACCAGUGCACUUUUUUUGUGAUGAUCUUUUCUGGUUUGGUUGUUCUGUUAAUAAACAUGUACCUCUCUUCUUUGCA